AUGCGCUAUCUCGGGUUCCUAGUUAAUCAGAAGGGUUUUCAGGUAGAUCCAGACAAAAUCGAGCCCCUUUUCUCAUACCCAGCCUCAAGAACAAUUAAGCAACUGAGACGGUUCUUGGGCAUGGCAUCGUGGUACCGUCGUUUUAUACCCGAUUUUGCAUCCGACGCAAAACCACUAAUUAAACUACUUAGAACAAAUGUCCCAUGGGAAUGGGUCACGGAACAGGAAAAUGCGUUCGCUAAGCUAAAAGAACAAAUCGCGACGGCACCGAUCUUGACUUACCCGGAUUUCGACGUCCUAUCGCGCCAUUCAACAGGUCGAUUGGCGCGAUGGGCACUUGACCUCCUCGAAUACGAUUUUGAGGUCGUACACCGGAAAGGAGCUUUGCACCACGUGCCUGAUGCCCUUUCUCGAAUGGACGAGGAGGAAGUAGCAAUCCCCAUAGCUGCCAUGGAGCCGGUGGAGGACGAGUGGUAUCGUAAGUGA